UAUGUGGUGUCUGUGUAUUAACAUUACAAACGGAACAAAUGAUUGCAAACCUUUUUGAUCCCAUUUUCGGAAUUAUUUCUGCGGUUCUCUUUUGCAUCACUUUAUACCCCGAAAUAAAAGAUACGGGACUUAUAUUAUUACAAACGGUUCCCGAAAACAUAAAUGUCGGGCGACUCAAGAAGAAUAUUCUCAAAGAAUUCCCAAUAAUCCUAAACAUUCACGAUCUGCACAUCUGGUGUCUGAACGCCUCCAGAAUCGUCGCCUCCUGUCAUAUAAUAUUACCGAAACAGUCGACCAAAUCUUUCGCUCAAUUCUCGCAACUAUUGGACACAUAUUUCCGAAAACAAGGCAUUGUUUUGGCGACAGUUCAGCCAGAAUUCUAUGACCCAAACACUUCUUCUGCCAAUCAAUUGAUUCCCAUCUCAUGUCUAAUGAAAUGCUCAAAGUUAUCAAACACUAAUUGCGAUUCAUUCACGUGUUGUUCACAAGAAAACAACGAUUGUCUCGAUUGCGACGAUUAUAGUCUUAUGGAU